CUACACACACACAGCCUGAAAAUCUGUCAAUUUCUGCCGCGUAGUCACGUGACCUCCUCCUCCGUGGAGUGGAUGGAGAUGGCUCUCCACGUCAGCUUACGUCUCCAAAUUUCUGUUUAGCGAACCUGCUUCAAAGAGGCAAGAGGCACGGCGCUUCAGAGCCAUGUUCAGGGCGGUUAUAGAGGAUUCAAACCCCAACAUAGAGUUAUAGUAGAGGGUGAACUACGAUGAUGGAUUUUGACGAGAGGGUCCCCGUCGGAUCGAACAUGUAUUUGCCCAGUUGCACUUAUUACGUGUCGGCGGGGGCUGAUUUCUCCGGUCUUCCCUCGUUUUUAUCCCAGACCCCGUCCACCCGCCCCAUGACAUACUCUUACUCCUCUAACCUGCCGCAGGUCCAACCCGUCAGAGAAGUGACGUUCAGGGACUAUGCAGCCAUUGACCCGUCCAGUAAAUGGCCGCACCGGGGGAACUUGCCUCAGUGCUACCCCAGCGCGGAGGACAUGGUGCACCGGGACUGUCUGUCGGCGCAAACCGCAGUUGUAGGGGACAUGUUCGGUAAAAACAGCCCCGCCGCCGCCGCUGCAGCCGCCGCGUAUCACCACCACCAUCACCACCACCAUGCGAGCACCGGGUCCUCCGCCGCCAAUUUCUACGGGAACGUGGGCAGAAAUGGCGUGCUGCCACAAGCCUUCGAUCAGUUUUACGAGACGGCGUACGGGAACGCGUCGGAGAGCUCCUCCACAAACGCCUACUCAGGGGACAAAACGGCGAGCAAGCAGCCCAGCUCUGCGCCGGAGGACGCACCUUCGUGCCGGGACACCGAAGCAAAGGAUCCCCGGGAUGAGACAAGUAGCCCGGAGUUAUCUUCCGGCAACAAUGAUGAGAAAUCCAGCAGCAGCAAUGGACAGCGGAUCCGCAAGAAAAGGUGUCCUUAUUCCAAAUAUCAAAUCAGAGAACUUGAGAGAGAAUUCUUUUUCAGUGUGUACAUUAACAAGGAGAAACGCCUGCAACUGUCUCGGAUGCUCAAUCUCACCGACCGACAAGUGAAAAUUUGGUUUCAGAAUCGCCGCAUGAAGGAGAAGAAAUUGAACAGAGACAGAUUACAGUAUUAUACGUCCAACCCUCUGCUUUAGGAGUCCAAACAGCCCAAACAGUCCUCUGCUGUUGGGACUGACUGCGUUUACACACUGACCCCCGCGGGCUGUGACUCUCACCAGUGUACGCUGUGCACCACAAUGGCCGCUCCAGCAAUAGCAUCAGCAGCGACAUUGCUCAAUGGUUCAUUUCAAGUUCGAGGACAACAGUAUCCUAUGAUGUGAACAACCUAAAGAGUGAGCAUGAAAUUAAGACAGUUUUUGGACCUUCCGACUCUGUUUUGGGAAAAAGUGUAAUUGUCCUCGCCAAGAACUGUGGCGUGCGAAGGCCCAUCUUAACUUGACUGUGCCUCUCACACGCCUUGAUUAUUUUCUUUUCACGAGGGCAAAAAAUGAAAUAAAAUAAAAAUAACAGUCUCACUGACUGAGCCAGUGUAUUUUAUAAUCAAAAACAAUAUUUUACUUUUUUUUUCUCCUGUUUUUAAAAUCAGAAAGCUGGUGGAUUAAAAAUGAUGGCGAACGUAUGACUUUAAUAACUGAAUCUAUAUUGGUGUGACCAAAAAAUGAAUCCAAAUGGAUGAGAAUGUAAUGUGUUUCUGUUUUGUCUGCUUAUUUAUUUUGUAGCCACUCGUUUACUAUGUUGUUUAAUGCCACGGCUUAUACCAAGUCAUUAUUACAGACAGGCUUUUGGGACUCGUUGAGUCUUUGUUGACCUCAAAACAAGCUUUUGUCGUCUUUUCCUGUUUACCUGCAGAGUGAAGGCUGAGUAUUUAUAUUUUGAGUAUCUUUCAAAUACCCAAAUCCAUGAUGUCCUUUUGAUUUUUUAUUUUUUUUGGGAGACUAUCAGGCAAGUACUGACAAUGCAGGCCAAACCAGAGAUAUAAGCUCGUCCACUGGAUCCGUGUGGAGUUGCACUGAGGUACACACCCAACAUUUUCACACAGGUAUACACAGCCUAUGCAUCGGGCCUCUCCGGUUUAAUACAGAUGUGAAUAGCAGAAUAUUUUUUCUUGACUCCUGAUCCUUUGGUACUUGCAGUCAACAAUGUUUUAAAAAAGGAAAAGAAAAUCUACAUUUUACGUAAGU